GCGCUCACCAGCCGGGCCUCCGGUGGUUCCGGCGAAGCAACAUUCUACGAGCCGGGCCUCGGGGCCUGCGGGCGAGUUAACGGGCCGAACGACAUGAUCGCUGCGGUGGCCAUUGGCCGGGGCAAGGGCGAGUGCGGCAACAGGAUCCGCGUGUCCUGCGGCGGGAAGCAAAUCGAAGUUGAAAUUGUCGACCUGUGUGCAUCUUGCGCUCCUAAUGAUGUCGACCUCUCGCCGAUUGCUUUCAACCAGCUGGCGGACCCCGAUCAGGGACGGGUGGCCAUUACUUGGGAAUACGUCUAA